CAGCCUCGCUCGCGCUCGCCCCUCCCGCACCCACCUCCCCGGCCGGAGGCACACUGCAGCUCGGCGGCGCCGACUCUCCGGCCCCGGCGAGGUGGCUGCAAACUCGCGGGCACGCAAAGCGCUCGGGGAGCCGAGGGACUCGGGGGAGGGGACGCGCGCGGAAGGCGCCAGCUUCCUCCCGCCCGCCCCUUGCAGCCGCGAGCUGAGGUCGGAGGAACCCGGGGCCCCAGCCCAGCAGAGCCGAGCGGCCGCGGCGGCUUCCCUUUUCUCCACCAGCGAGCCCUGGAGUGCUUCGGGGACCGGCCCUAAAAAGAGCAGGAAAUCUUGUUUACCGCCCGGGGAGCAGAGCUGAUCGAGCCUUUGUCUGGAAAGUCAGCAUCUCUGACUGCAAUGUGUUCCUGGUGACAUUAGCCUUGGGCAGACCGGCCGGAGAAGGGGAUCGCCAGGUUCAGAUCUGGUUUCAGAGGCGGAUCGAGCGGGUGACUUUUGUGCAUUCGUUUUAAUUUUUGGAAAUCUCUCUUUUUUUCCCUCCCUCGCCCGCCGCCGGGCAUGCCCUGAUCUGGCGCCCGCUCCUACCGACCCGGGCUACCGAAUAGAGCGGUUUCCAGCCGGUCUCCCUCCCUCCCCGCCUGACUUUGCAACACCGCGUUCCAGGAGGAUCGACCUCGGCAAGGAAGGAGACGGAGGAGCGGUGAACACCCGGACCCGAACCUUGACAUGCUCUCGGGCGGUGAGAAGGAAGCCAGGAUCUGAGCGCACCGCCGGGGCUGCCUCGCCCGCCGGCUCCGAGCGCGGGGCUCCAGGCGCCCUGCCCUGUGCCUGGGCGGCAGCGCUGUUAGUCUGGGGGCGCCCUCCGCUUCCUGCCUUAGGGGUCCGCGGCCGGCAGGAUCAUGCUGCUGAAGGAGUACAGGAUCUGCAUGCCGCUCACCGUGGACGAGUAUAAAAUCGGACAGCUGUACAUGAUCAGCAAGCACAGCCACGAACAGAGCGACCGCGGGGAAGGGGUGGAGGUCGUCCAGAACGAGCCCUUCGAGGACCCUCACCAUGGCAACGGGCAGUUCACAGAGAAGCGCGUGUAUCUCAACAGCAAACUGCCUAGCUGGGCUAGAGCUGUUGUUCCCAAAAUAUUUUAUGUUACAGAGAAGGCAUGGAACUAUUAUCCCUACACAAUUACAGAAUACACAUGUUCCUUUCUGCCAAAAUUCUCCAUUCACAUAGAGACCAAGUACGAGGACAACAAAGGAAGCAACGACAGCAUUUUUGACAAUGAAGCCAAAGACCUGGAGAGAGAAGUUUGCUUUAUCGACAUUGCCUGCGAUGAAAUUCCAGAACGUUACUACAAGGAAUCUGAGGAUCCUAAACACUUCAAGUCAGAGAAGACGGGACGGGGACAGUUAAGGGAAGGCUGGAGAGAUAGCCAUCAGCCCAUCAUGUGUUCCUACAAGUUGGUGACGGUGAAGUUUGAGGUCUGGGGGCUUCAGACCAGAGUGGAACAAUUUGUACACAAGGUGGUCCGAGAUAUUCUUCUGAUUGGACAUAGACAGGCUUUUGCAUGGGUUGAUGAGUGGUAUGAUAUGACAAUGGAUGAUGUUCGGGAAUACGAGAAAAACAUGCAUGAACAAACCAACAUAAAAGUUUGCAAUCAGCAUUCCUCCACUGUGGAUCACAUAGAGAGCCAGACCCAAACAAGUACAUGACAAUGGAUGAGGUCCGAGAAUUUGAACGAGCCACUCAGGAAGCCACCAACAAGAAAAUUGGCGUUUUCCCACCUGCCAUUUCUAUCUCCAGCAUCCCCCUCCUGCCUUCUUCAGUCCGCAGUGCCCCUUCUAGUGCUCCGUCCACUCCUCUCUCCACAGACGCACCAGAAUUUCUAUCGGUUCCCAAAGAUCGGCCCCGGAAAAAGUCUGCCCCAGAAACUCUCACGCUUCCAGACCCCGAGAAAAAAGCCACCCUGAAUUUACCUGGCAUACACUCUUCAGAUAAGCCAUGUCGGCCCAAAUCAGAGUAACUUCAUAUGAAUAUUUCAUGGGGGUUUAUAUUUUUGGUUUGGGGUCUUGUUUUCUUUUUUUUUUUUUUAAAGAAUCUUCUGAUAUAGAAAGAGACUGCUUUGUCACUCAAACAUGUUCCUUGGAUCUCUUGAGUGUGCAUGUGGUUUCACAUAGAGUAUGAUUCCCUAAGUGUGCCACACAGCUUCAUUUUAGCUGUAAAAUGUACGACUGGCAAAGGACAGAAGGGAUCUUCUGUAGCACAGCUGGAUGCCAGGGAGGAAGCCUUGUUAUUGGGCAUUUGAUGAGGUUGGUGUGGACUCUGAGGGCCAAUAAAUGAAAACUUUGCACCACUGUGUUACAAGGUGUAGUAAAACGGAAUCAGUUUCCUCCCAUCCGACCUGAAAUUUCCCCAAAAUAUUCUCAGGCGUAACAUACCUAAUUGUUCAAUUUCGAACUGCUCAUUACCAAUACUUGAAUAUCAGUCGUUACUGAGGUUCCGGUUUUGGUUAGUCUGACUCAGGAUUUGGGGCCUAAUUAACUCUUUAAAUUUUUUGGAAAUUUUAAUUAUCAACCUGAAGAGGCUCCAAGUGCAACUAAUGACAACUUAUUUAUACGUUUCACAGAAUUUAAUAAAGAUUCCACUGGUUUCUGUCUUUUAAUAACUUUCCUCUUUGUGCCCCUGUGGCCUCAGAAAUCUUUUAAGAAUUACAUGGAUGAACAUGGCCGUAACUGGCUGAUUUGGGAAUGAUUUGGUUUAGGAACAGAGAGGCCAUGGGGAGGCAAAGAUCUUUUUUUUUUUUUUCCCACAGGUACCAGCGAACCUUGACCUGUCACCUUCCAUCAUCCAUUAAGAUUGUCAGAAUUUGCCAUUUAUUGAGUAGCAUUCAGUGACGAUUUGCCCAUUCAAAGAAGUUCAAGGGUAGACUCAGCUAACUGGACUUUAACUCAUUCAGAAUUGCCUCCCAUCCCCCUCCUCAUUUUACUUAAUAACAUCCAGAUGUCCCUGGAGCAGACUGCCCAUCACCGGACCUUAGAAAAGAUUGUCCUUCUCUUGCUCCUUGCCCGAAAUCCAAACGUUGGGCAUGUCGCAGAAGCCAAGUAGAUACAGUCAAGCGGGAGCAGAAAAAUGAGCAGAAUUGCUGACUCUAUUUGUAGGGUGAAAAGGAGGCGUGAGAUGCCCCUCUGGCUAGCUUUCUUUUCUGCCAGUAAUGAUAACGCAAGAUUAGAAUCAAGGUUGAUGGGAGACAAGAUCAUUCACCAAAGUGGCAGAAAGAGAACUCUCCUUUGAUCUAAAGAGAAACAUCUGCCACCUUCGCACCUCACUGCCUUUAAACACAGAAGGAAGCGUGAACAGAACCUAGCAUUUACUUUUGUCCUCCAAGAGAGGGAGAGAACAAGGUAAUUGGGCAACUCCGAAGCCCCGGUUAGCCUUCCUGACCAGAACCUCCAACCUCAGGAAAGGGACUUUCCCCAAACACAGAUUCCAAAGGAAGCGACAUAAACCAAGGCGCGUAUCUCCUCCUCUUACACAGCCUCUCAGCCAGUGGACCCUGCCUGCUUCUCUCUCUCAGUGCCCAGCACUCCGCAUAGUGUCCUUCAAGUUGACAAACUUCCAAGGUGCAGGUGCUGGUCCCAGGAGCCCAGCACCACGUGUUCCAAGUCAUAUGUCAGAUUGUCAAGAUCAUCUCCUUCUCUAUAGGUUGACAUUUAGCUUGAUUAAUACAUACACCCAGAACUCAAAGGAAACCUGUUGCAAAUAGCUUAGAUCCAAAGUGCAUCUCUUUCCUAAGAAUGAUAGCACCCAUAGUAAGACACCUUCUUUGCAUGGUAUGGUAGCAUGAUUUUUGCUUGUGGGAAAACUCAAUCUUUUAUCAAAAGCUCUUUGACUCCUCAAUGGCUCCCUCUUGACACAGUAGUACUUAACAAGAACGUCUGGCUUUCGAAAGCAUAAUUCUCCUUUCAGAAAACACUGACGUAGUAGCGUGUGUAUUUGCUUACCAUUUGCAAGCUGAAAUCAGGAUGGGGUGGGAUCAUGAUUUUUGCAUGGAAUGGAUUUAUUGGGGGGCGGAUUCUUAACACAUCUGGCACCAAGUUUUUCUGUUGACGCCAUUGCUAAUUUUCCUUUUUGGUGAAGUAGCUUCUGCUCUCAAGGUCAACAAUGCUCUCUGCUUUAGAAAGCUAAUUUCUGUGAGUUUUCUUUCUCUGACUGCCAGUACAGCACCACAGACAUUAAUUGCAAAGCGACCGAUGAUAGUGUGGUUCUUAGCCAACAAAUAUGUGUGCUCUUAAAGUAUGUUCGGUUUUCCCGUCUACAUGUGCUUCGUGUGUUCAUUUUAAAAGCGGGGGAGGGGUGCAGAUAGUCCUUUAGCUGCUUUAACUAUUUAAUCCAGUCAUCACAAGACAUAAAUGACUUCAAUAGUUUAUCCAUCUUGAUUUUCAAGUGUCGUUUCACAGACUCCAUACACGAAUUUGUUUAUUGUGGGGUUACAAGCCUGCGAUGAGUGUAUAUAUAGACUAUUACUAAUUCCUAUCGACGGAAAAUUAAAUGGCUGCAUGAUGGAAGCUUAGAAGAAAAAAAGCAGAAACUUGAAUUCAUUAAGCAUGUUUGGGGAAACAUAGAAUCUUAACUCAGUGCCUCUGUCUGCAAAUGUGGAAACCUUCAACUUUGUUCACCAAAAUUGUAUUAUACCUGUAUAUAUAUAUAUAAAUAUAGUAGCGUGAAUCCAAACCACCAGUUUUAAGUCUCUGAUAGCCAAAUGAAAAUAAAUAAGCCACAGAAUAACGCAAAUGUUCAACCCAUCUUUGUCUCUGAGGUUAAUGAAGACCGUCAAAAUGACCAUACAUUUCAUUACUUUGAAUGAAUUUCAAAUUAUGAAAUGCCACUGUGAUUUUCAUUGGCUGUAGUAUAGCAUCGUUGCUUUAGCUGUGCUUUCCCAGGAUAAGAAGGCCUUGGUGUUUUUACCACAGAAACUGUCAGAAGUCAGCUCUGGGAGUUCCCUUAUGCCUCAGCGGGUUAAGAAUUCACCACAGUGGCUUGGGUCGCUGCUGUGACACAGGUUCAAACCUGCCCCAGGAACUUCCACGUGCCGUGCAUGCGGCCAGAAAGAAAAGAAAAAAAAAAAGAAGAAGAAGCAGCUCUGAAGACCAUUUCAUUUUCCUACUUUUGGGCUAGGAUAAGACAAAGCAAAGAAAAAGCAUAACAACAAAGGAGCCCGUGACAUUUUUCAAUUACCACGUUAUAAACUGAAACCAUGUGAGUUUGUGGGUGAACUUGUUUAUAACCCCUUCUGUUUUGAUUUUGCAUUUGUAUGUGGGGGAAACUGGUUUUAAUUUAUUUGGAGGUAUUUAUUAGCCAUGUUUUUGGUUGUGAAAAUAAAUCUCUCACACAACUGUGCAUGUACCACACAGACAACUUAAAAAACACAAGACCCCCAAAACUAAUUACGUGGUUUUCUUCCAAGACACUGUAAUAAACAGAAAAUAGAUUCUAACACUUCUCAAGAAGUCAUUUUUCCAUCAAAAUUUCAAAGUUAAUGGAUUUAUAUGUAUUUUUAAUUUUACGCACCUUAGUAUCUCUUCAUGGCUCAGAGACAACACGGUCACUGGUUGGCAUAGGUCAACAGGAAUUUGACUUUGCAGAAGGGCCAGGGUAUAAUUUACUCUACAUGUAAAGGGUAUCCGGAUAAUCCAACAGAAAAGGAUUGUCUAAGAGUUUUAGUCCUUUUCUGAUCAUCUGACUCAGUAGACUGUGUGACAGUAUGCCAUCUGAGCCAUAAUUCUUGAAAUUAAAGAAAAAAAAAAAACUGUCCAGUGACUGCAGUUGAUCAUAGACUAUUUAAAACUCUUCUUUCCUGCUGAAACUGAAGUGUUAACCCAAGAGCGUAGCGAUGGAUACAGAGGCAACACGUCCCGGAUUCGUGUCUGUGUUCUACCUUCAAAACAAUCUGUUUCAUUGGAAAUAUACGUGUUUAAGCUUUUUAGGAGUGAGUGCAAUAAGAAUGUGACUAUGCUGAGACCUUUCCAGAUGCUGUCAUUAAUUGUCAUUUUGUUAACAGGCUUUAGAAGAAGCCUCUCCACGUUUUCGCUUCAAAUCGAAAGCCUGUCUGUGAAUUGCUCGUCUCCCUUCAGUUUCUGUGUGUCACCAAGGAGAGGUUCUUUAAGUCGAUGUUAUACCCGUGCCACUUGUAGGUAGCCUCAACUGUAAUGUUUCGUGUUUACAUUUCGAGCUGGGAUCUUGAUUAGUUAAAUGAGUCAAUAUACCACUGCCACGGCCGAAGGACCAGGUUUUGGACUGCACAGUAUUAUAGACAACAAGCGAAGCAAACAAAAGUUGAUUCUCACACAUGCCAUCCUCCUGUGUCAUUUUACAGCUGUUUCUCGUGUUUUGGUUUUUUUUUCCUCAGUUAUUUAUUAUUGAUAAUAACUUACUUUUUCUUACAUUCUGUUGUAAAUAAAGUACAAAGCAAUCUUCUUUCCAA